AUGGCAAUGGUGGUGCCGGAGCAGCUGAACGUCACCGAAGUGCCGGUGUGGGGUUCUCGGAGCGUCGAUUGUUUCGAGAAAUUAGAGCAGAUUGGUGAAGGAACUUACGGACAGGUUUACAUGGCUAGAGAAAUCAAAACGGGGGAAAUUGUUGCUCUGAAGAAGAUACGGAUGGACAAUGAAAGAGAAGGAUUCCCUAUUACAGCUAUUCGUGAAAUUAAGAUAUUAAAGAAGCUUCAUCAUGAGAAUGUCAUCAAGUUGAAAGAGAUUGUCACAUCCACCGGUCCUGAGAAGGAUGAGCAAGGGGCGUCUGACGGUAACAAGUACAGAGGUGGAAUUUACAUGGUCUUUGAAUACAUGGACCACGAUUUAACUGGUCUUGCUGAUCGCCCUGGAAUGAGAUUCUCUGUGCCUCAAAUUAAGUGCUACAUGAGACAGCUAUUGACAGGGCUGCACUACUGUCAUGUAAAUCAAGUGCUUCACCGUGACAUCAAAGGACAAAGAGCGCCAGGACGAUCGUCGGGAGGGGCGAGAGUCGGGUGA